UUGACAUUAAAGAGAGUUUUUGCUUCUUUGAGCGUAUUAGGGUAAAGGGAGGAAGCUUUAAAAUUGUUAAAAUUGGUACAUAAAGAAGACAAUCAGCUUUACGGCACUUAAUACUAUCUUUAUGAUCAUUUAAAAGAUGAAAAAAAUUAGUAUAGAUAAAAUGAUAUACAACAAGAAGUAUAAGUUGGAAAUUAAUAAGAAGAAUCAAGACAACCUCCAAAGGCCACUCAAUAAGUGAUGGAAUCUGAGUCACAGAAAGAAGAAGAAUCAAAAAUAAAGAAAGUAACUUAAAAUCCUGAAAAUUAAAAAUAGAGAAUGGAGAAUUUAAAUGAUCCAAGUUAAGCAGAAUAGAUAAAAGCUGAAAAUGCAUAACCUGAGUAGAAAAUCGAAUAAUUAUAAGUAAAGAAAUAAAUUGAUAAUAAUAACUAAUAAUAAUUGUAGAAUACAGACGAAAAAUAGGAUGAUAUAGAUCGUAAUUAGAGGAUUUAAAAUACUUAACAUUAAAACUAAUAGCCAAAUGUGUAGGAGAAUGAAGUUGAAAAAAACGAUAAAGAAAUAUAAAAAUAAGAACAAAUUCUUAUAUCUUAACAAAAAUAAAAGAAAAUUGAUUAAAAGUCGAUUGAAAUAAAUGAUUAAGACAAAGAUGAGGGUUUUAAAGAAUUUAAAUUGCCAGAGGACCUAAAAAAUAUAAAUUCUCAAUCCAAAACAGAUGCUAAUGUUGUCAAAAAAGAUUAUUCUGAGACCAAAUAAGACAAUAUCACAUCACAAAAAUACGGAUAUGAAAGUAAGUCGAAUUCUAAUAAAUAUUCUUAAUUUGAUAGAAAAUAGUAUGAGGACAGAAAACCAUAAUAAUAACCCAACAGAAAAUAUGAAAAAUUUGAAGAUAAAUUUAAUUUUGAUGAAGUUAAAAAUAACUAUGUUUAAGGAGAUUUAUUGAAUGAAAAUUGGGUGAAAGUGGAUAUACUUUAAGGAUCAUAAAAAAAAUUAUGA